AUGAAGUUUAUUGAACUGAAAAUGAACAAGGCAGUUCAUUUCGUAACUUCAACGUUAUUACUCCUGAUUUGUGAAGGUGAGUAAACUGGACAUUAAUUUUUAUCUUUUGCCUUAUGAUGAUGUUGUUGUAACUUGAAUUGAAAAGAUGAGAAGACUUCUGCAUUUGUUUUAAUUGUCGUUCAAAAGCACCAGGCUUAACUCUUUUAAAAUUAUUAUUAGAGCAAAAUUUUCAUUCGGUAAAUAACACCAUAUUUCUAUUAAAAUGGGCGCACUUUGUCACUGAAGCAAAACAAAACAGCUUUAGAAAACCUUUAAAACAUUUCUCGUUGCCAGUGUUAUUUUAUCAUUUGUUGAAUGAUGAACGUUGAAGUAAAAUUAUACAAAUAUUGGGAAGGGGCAUGGCUGGGGCCACGCGACAUCUAUUCACGAUGGCUGCUAUAUUUGAUAAUUAGCCACCAUGCAUAUAGUUUGUGUCGUUUAGAAUUUUUCGUUGUUGGAACACAAAUUUGAACAUUGGAGACCUUUAGAUUCUAAUAUAAGGACGAACGAAUACCAGGACGAGAUUUUCUCAACACUAAGUAGUGCGCGCGCGUGAAACAUCGUCAUUUUGGUGGGAAAACGUGAUAGCCGUCGUUAUUGUACUAAAGGGUUUUUAAAUGAAUAAAACAAUUAAAUAUACCGUUCAUUUGCCACAUUGCAGAAGUAACUGAAUUAAAGGGCUAUAGUUAACAAUCAACAAACAAUUAACACUACUACUACUAUAGAAACAAUAAAAAUAUCUUAAAUAAAUAUUUACAUAUUAAAUAAAGGAAGCUGAACGCUGGGUCCGGCAACAACUCCUAGCGUAAACAAUAUUUCUAUUGUUGUCGCUGGCCCGCAAGUUGUAACUAUGACUACUAAUUGCUGUUCUUGGCUUGAGGAAGUUAAUGGGGUGGUCACUUUGAGUCAUCUUCCGCAAUACAUUUACAGCAGAGCAUAGUUCAUCUUUCUUUCAAGCUGCUAAGGUUGGUAGAAUUAAGGGCAUCUAAGUAACUAUGGCAUGGAUGGAUGAUAUAUAGUGCCCUUCUUAAAAUUGACUCCAGUUCAUUUUAAAGAAAUUCAGGAAUAUCUUGCCAUUUGCACGCCAUAUUCUAGUAUAGGUCAGUAUUAUUGUCAAGUAAACUUUGAGAAUUCCCUCUCUAUUAACACCCACUUUUUUAAGAAUCCUCAGGGAAUACAGGCGUUUCGAAGCUUUUUUCGAUAUGUAAUCAAUAUGCUAGUUCCACUUUAAAUCAUUACUGAUAAUAAUGUCGAAUAAUUUAUAAGUUGCUACUCAUUCAACUGUGUUGUUACCUAGGACAAUUGGUCUUGUAGUAAAAUUAUCACUUUGCAUGAAGUUAAUUAACAUUUCUUUGCACUUUUUAGCAAGAAUGAAGUGCCAAAAACAAGUUAUCAAAUGUUAGAAAUCUUAUCAUUUUCCAAACGGGAGAGGACUCAAACUUUAGCACUAAGAAUACCUCGACAUUCGACCCCUUUGUACUAGUUAACGGCAUGCCCUUUUAAUUAUUUGCCAGUGCCAAAAUACUAGGCCUCAAUGCCUCUAGUGAUUUGAAAUGGAACUGUCACAUUGAUUCCAUUAUCAAGAAACCUAAGAAGCGCCUGUAUAGUUUAUCUCAGCUUAAACGCUCUGGCCUAAUUACCCGGGAGCUAGUUCAGUUUUUCUGCACUUGCAUUUGCCCUAUCACGGAGUAAUGUAUGCAUGUCCUGUUUUUCACGACAGUCUUCCCGCGUAUCUCUCCAAUGAACUUGAGGGAGUGCAAAAGCGGGCUAUGAGCAUUAUUUUCCCUUUCUGCGCGUACGAAGUGUCUUUGGUUGAAUCAGGCCUAACUAAACUUUCAGACCGCCGCCAGGAACUUUUAGACAAACUCAGUAUUUAAGAAAGUCGUACAUAACAAAGAGAAUAAGCUCCACAGCCUUCUCGCGGCAGUAAUACCUUUAGAUCGAACCCCAAGAACACACGAAAAUUUAGGCCUGUUUUCAAGACGAACAGAUUCCGUAAUAGUUUUAUUACUUCCAACGCCUUCAAAGUUUAAACUGUGUUUCCGAUCAUAGUUUUAGAAGUUUCGAUUGCUUUUUAUCACUGUGCCGAUUUGUAUUUUUUAUUUUUUAACAAAUCACAAUUUUCCUGUAGUGUAUUUAUGUAUUGUUUCUAUUAUUCGUUUUUUUUCUUUUUUUUUUAUAAAUUAGCUUAUUAGUGGUAGUCUUUUUAAAUCUGUUAUCCUUCCGAGUUGAACUGUUUUUCAGUUGUAUGGUUUUUUAUAAGAGCAUCCGACAAGCGCAAAUUGGAAAGAAUGCAAGAGAAAGGGUUGCGAGCGGUAUUUAAUGACAAUACAUCAAGUUACGAGAGAUUGUUGAAGAAGACAACCCUACCAACUUUAUAUAGCAGAAGACUGCAAGAUUUGGCAAUUUUGAUGUUUAAAGUUAAAAAUGGAAUGUCUCCAGAUUAUAUUUCUGAGCUGUUUCAAAGAUCGGACACUACGUAAUUCUGACUUUAUGAUUCAUAGAUUUAACACGAAAACUUUUGGUAAUUAUUUUAUAAAAUACCUUGGUCCGUAUCUAUGGCGUAAAUUACCGAUAGCGUUAAGAACGUUAACUGAAACUGAUAAAUUUAAAAGAAAAAUUAGGGAAAGUGAUUUAGCCGGUCACUUGAAGGAAGACAAAUGUAUGUCGGAAUGUUGUCGGAAUGCACCUUAUGCAGCCUCGUACCCAGGCCAGUUCGCGCUAUCCGAGUUACCAAAGGAGGCUUGGAAACGAGUGCGAUAGCGCGAGGCCGUCCUCAGUGAAUUUUCCCGACAAGCUUGACAGGUGACGUCAGAUCCGAAAUCGCCGUGGACGACUGGGAACGAGGCUGCACCUUAUGUAGUUCUUAAAUCUUUCUUGCUUUGUAUAUCUAGCCGGAUUUAUGAACACCCCACCAGCUGGCUCCUCGAGGCCGCACACCUUAAACUGACUCAACUAAAGUAAAUAUUAUGCCAAGAAACUGUGGUUCUCUUAAGGUGACUCUCUUCUUGGUUUCUGACUAGCAAAGAAACAUGAAAGUCCAUCAAAAGACACUCUCGACUUGACCAUACACUCUAGCUACUCCAAGGCUCUACAUGACAAAGGAUGCUUGAGACUUAAGCAAGUUCCAAGCGGAGAAUUCAAGGCCACAUCACCCCCCUGACUCCGCCCCCCAGCCAAGCACGUGCUUGAGGGGAAUGCUUUCAUUGAUCAAUGGGCCUCAAACAUUAAAAGAAUUUGACACGACAAACUUAAGGAAGACCCUGACGCGUGCACUGACUCUCCCAGAGCAAGACUAAGGGACACUACCACGCUUUUGCAGCACCCUUCCCCCCUAGGGGUUGACAUGGAGGCCCCUUCCCACCCCAUGGCGAGGUAGCUCAGAGACUGAGCUUGACAAUGAGACUAACCAGGACGGCAAGCCCCCUAUGUUUAUGCUCACCACAGUGACCAGAAACCUGGCUAUUGCCAGGUUCCUGUGAGAAUAUUCUUGUCCGUUCUCAGGCUUGUUUUCCAAAAUUCGGCUAGAUAUAUGAAUUACUUAUUUAUCUAUUUAUUUAUUCAUUUAUUAUUGAUUUUUUCUUUUUAACUGUAAAUAUUUGAUUUUUUUGCUGUAGAUAUAUAUCUUUUUAUUUCAUAGUGUCCCCAAUUAGUUUCACAGCUAAAGUACCUGACACUUAAAUAAAGUUUAGUAGUCGUCGUCGUCGUGGUAGUGGUAGUGGUAGUGGUAGUGGUAGUGGUAGUGGUAGUGGUAGUGGUAGUGGUAGUGGUAGUGGUAGUAGUAGUAGUAGUAGUAGUAGUAGUAUUUUUAAGUAAUCAUAAUCACUUUGUAUCGCUAAUCGCCCAAUUCAACCUCUCGGUUGAGAUACAAGUAAACUGUCUAUCUAUCUAUCUAUCCAUCCAUCCAUCCAUCCAUCCAUCCAUCCAUUCAUCCAUCUAGCUAGCUAUCUAUCUAUCUAUCUAUCUAUCUAUCUAUCUAUCUAUCUAUCUAUCUAAAUCUUAAAGUUAAUUGUUGUCCUCGUAAUCGUGCUCGUCCUCGAAUGUAAAGGUUUCUGUAUUUACACGGUUCCAGGGUUUUUAGUGUUUUACACUGAAAACCUCGCAGAGACUCCCAAUUUGACUCAUGAUAAUUAAAUAGGUCGUUCCUUUGUUCAGCGGUAUCUAGGAUAAAAUUUCAAGUUCGCGUGGAGAAUUUUGGCUUUAGUACAGUUUGCUUAAGUAAUUUAUUAAAAAGAACUAAUUUGUGCUCAAGAAGCUAAGAGAUUAAAGUUAGCUUCUGAACAAAAAUCUACAUAAAAAAAUAACCAAGUUAAACUACAAGCCGUUCUUUAUGGAUCUUGAAAACAGUCACAUGCCCAUUGCAAUAAUUUAUGUAACGAACAAACCACUGAAGGCGGAGAGAAAUAAUUCUUAAGCCCCAAGCAAACGGAUGCUACAUUAUACACUUAAUGUCAGAUCCCGAGGGAAACAGUUAGUUUUGUUUUCCCUCGAGUCCUGAUGUUCCCCAAGACGAAGUCGAGGGAAAAAGAUAAGAAAACUGGCAGGACCUGGCAGUGUUUUUCCCGCCUUUUGUCACGCCCCUUUCCACCAUGCUUUGACCACGCGCUGUAAUGUAUAGCCCGAGCGGGGUACAUUGCUUAAUGUAUCACGAUCGGGAUACAUUUGAUUUUAGUCAAGGCCACCUGACCAAGAAUCAACCAAUGGCACCCCCUGUUUAGUUGAGUGAAACUCUAGGAAUUUAACAAUGUUGAAUGUUACAUGUUGCGUCCGUUUGCACAUCCUGUUGCAUGAUGUUGCGUGUUGCUGGGAGUUGUUGCGCAAAGCUUGAAGCGGGUCAAACUUUUAAGCCAACAACUGCCAACAUUUCUUUUGUUCCUUGAUCACCAAAGCGUAGCACAACAAUGCUGAAUCCGGCCGUUUGCACAUGUUGGCGCCACGCACACGCGUUUCACAUGGCCUACAAAGUCUUGUGGGUUGUAUCCUUCCCAAGAUGCACUGCAGGUCCCAACAUUGUUGGGAGUUGUUGCACACCAGUGCCAACACGGACACAAUAACUCCCAACAUUGUUGGCCCAACAACAAUGUUGAGAAUGUUGGGAGUUGUUGGGUCCGUUUUAACGUAGCUUUAGUAAAUACGAAAGCAGCCGCGUAGCAAAUGCAAUACUCACAAUAGCAAACUUGAUCAUUCUACUGCCGCGAAUAAAAAGCUCUUCAAAAAUCAUUAGAUUUAGCCUCUAGAAAUAGUGCUAACGCAGACUCUUUACUACUGCCUGUCUUCUGUGUAUGUACCUCACCGUCAUGUUGCCAAAUUCCUUGUUUAGUAAAGCUAAUAUCAUGGCAGGUGUCCAUAUUAUUGUUUAUAUUGAAGCUAAAAUGAACAGCGACAACAAUGUUAGCUGUGCGGCAAAAUAAAACUGUACAUAAUGGCAAGGUUUAAUUCUAAUUUGAAGGUCUAUAUUUAUGUAAUUACAUCUAUCUAUAAAUUCAGUUGAAAAUAAGAGACAUUUUACUUUAAAGACUGCGAUAAAUUGUUACAGUAAUUGAAUCCAUUUUAAGAAUUAAUCAACAAUAAUAAAAAUAGUUCAAAGAACAUGGCGUUUCGACGUUCUCGAAAGUCUUUAUCAAGUAAAAUGAAAACGUACUUGUAGGUUUUAUAUAAAACAAGGAAAAAAUAAACAAUCAAUUAUCAAAAAGGAAACUAACAUAUAAGAAUAUGUUAUAAGUUGAAAGUUUAUCACUCUUACAAUCCUAAUAAGAAAAUUGGGUAGUUGUUAGCGUUGGGGGGAGUAGGUUUGAACGGGGCCGCGGCGUUAACUUGAGCCUCUGGAGGCAGUGCUCAAUAACAAAAAAGAGGCAUGGGAAAUUUAAGGUGGAAAACCAAUUAUCAAUGGAUCAAUUACUUGACAUGACUGAAACUUAGGACGCAAGCAGAGGGAUAUCCUUUCUUUUUCCGCUGGCUCUUGCUAUUUUAUUUACUUUAAUUAGUUUCUAGAAUGCAGACUUCACAAAAUGAAUUUAAAUGGAGUAAACACGCUUUUAUAGACAAGAGGGUGGACCAAAGAUGGAAAACCUCCAAGUCGCUUUUGUCUUUGUUGUUUUGUUGUUAAUGUUUAAAAUUUUGUGUUGGAUUAAAACAGACACAUAAAAAACUGAUCAGAUCUUCUUCAGAUCCCAUGUUCUGCGUCAUACUCGUUUGCGGUCCUUUGCAGUUAAAGUGUAUUUAUUACUUUUUGGAUAAAACAGCAGGAUUGGAUGUCAGCAUUAUAUAAAAGUACCAAGUCAUCAUAAUAAUGAUGAUAACAAUAAUAAUAAUAAUAAUAAUAAUAAUAAUAAUAAUAAUAAUAGUAAUAAUAAUUAUUAUUAUUAUUUGUUAUUCAUUUUUUAGUUUAUUAUUAAGAAAUGUAUUUGGGAAAUCGUUAUUUAUGAUUAUUGCCAAUUUUUCAUGAUAUAUGCUACAGUUGUUAGUGUUAUAUCUUGCUCAAUUUUUAUUUCAAAUAUUUCUGUAAAUUAUAUACAUAUUUUGAAAAUUAAAUAAACAUAUUUUUAUUCAAAAAUUAAUAAAAUUGUUAUUAUUUUAUUCUGUUUUUCAUCAUCAUUAGAUGCCUCAUAAAGGAUAUUUGCCUGCAACGAAUUGUCAGUAUCAAUCUUUUCUAUUUAACUUGCUUGGCAUUCAACCUACUUCUAAUUAACAUAAUUAUAUAGCUUGUCGAGGUCCAUGAAACUUUGUUGUUUGUAAGCCAGAAUAUAGAUGGGUUUUUAUCUUCUACUAAUAUUGUCAAAUUUGUUUCUCCUGAUUUGUGAAGGUAAGUAAAUAGGAAGUAGCGAUGUUUACAUGUGUCGGGAAAGGUGUCCAUGUAUCAAAAGUGAAUUUAACCUGAAUGACAAACAUUCGUUUUUUUAUUGUUGUCCGUCUUCCAUGAAUCUUUGCCCAAUGAAAAUAUUCCCGGUUGUACAUUUGAACUCUUAAAGCCCUUGUGAUUCUAGCUUUAAAUACUAUGAAUCAGAGCGAUCAUGUAGUAAUAACUUUCCCUGGUUAAUAUAAAAACUGUGACACACUUUGUAAUAUCUGCUUUUAGUACUAACAUUCAGGUAAUUGACAACUAGUAUGUAAAGCGUAAACCACAGUUAAAUUUACCACAAGGCAAAAAAAAAUUAAUCAUUAUUGUGGAAUUUGUAACAACAAUAAUUGCGAAAAUAUAUUAUUUGGCGGAAGCCUCAUUACAAAAUGUUUCUCUUUUGUAAUUUACGUGUAUUUAUUUAUUCAUUUUAUUUCUUUAUCGAUUUUUUUGUAAAAUGCUUUUUGUUGGUAAUGCUAAAAAUUCGAGUCUGUAAGGGUCGAAGGAACAAGUUUUGAAACGUUUUGAGGACUUUUCUCCAAUAUCUGGUACGUUUUAGUGGCGUUUCUCCGUCCUGCAGUGAACAACUUACAAUAACGAAACUCAGUCAUAAUACCGAUCGAAGGCAUAAGGCUUGGUUGUUGUUUGCAAAGUUUAUUUUAAGUCAGAAAUCAUCUUCUUUAGAGAGUUAGAGUCAGAUGACCCAGUUUAAUUUUCGUUUUAGGGCCUCUUCACAUGAGCCCGGUUGACCGGGCUGGCCCAGUUUCCGAGAUCUCACCUUACCUCUAAAUUCUUUGCAAAAUUUUCGAUGUGUUCAUAUGAGAGGGCCGGGCAGGCUCGAUUCUUAGCGGGAUCUCGCUAAGUGGGCUGGAAAUUUUGCCAUAUGAACACUUAAGCCCGCGAGUUACCGGGAUGAAAACGGGAAGAAGUUUUCGAAUGAAUUCUGCAUCGUCUUGCUUUGCCUCGUGUAUUUUCCACAUUAUAAGCAUCCCAUUUGACAUCUGUGACACAGUUAUAACAGUUGCCAGAGAUAUAAUAGGCCGAACCUUAUAACUUUGUGUUUUGCCAUGUUUGCUUUGUUUCUCGGGUUUCGCGCACCACAACUCGUCUUCGGUCUUUUGUCAUCUCGGAAUCCGGGCUGAAAAUUCUCAUAUGAACGCAGAAGAUCAAAUUGGUCCCGGUAAGCGGAUCCCUGUCCACCGGGCUCAUGUGAAGAGGCCCUGUCUGUUCUAAAUUAGGUAAAGAUCGUAGGACGACGAUCAAUUUCAGUUCCUUAAAAUACACCUGAAAUCUUCUGCUGAAUGUCAUGAUGGUAUACCUCAACUUGUAAUUUAUCCUGAGUCGGCCAUUCUAAGUUUUCCUCAUAAAUUGCAUUGGCCUUCGGAGUAAGUAGGUCUGCUGAAUGGAAUUUGCCAGAUAACGUCAGCUUUGUACAAAGUAUUGUUUUGAAUAAUGGGAAAAUGCUGGGUUUGACUCCCCUCCACGAAACGAGUGUCUCACCAGUGCAGGAGCGAUAUAAUUUAUAGCCGAUCUUCCUUGAUUAUAUACAAGCCAGGAAUUUUUAAUAAAACUUGCUAACGAUUAGAAAAGGAGUUACCAAACAUCAUUAUAUAUUAUUUGUUUAUUAUUUUUUAUGAACAUAGUAAUUACCAAGAAUAUAAUUGCAGAUUCUGCCUUGCGGUGUAACAUUUGCGAGUCUGAGAAAUCGUGGAAUCACUGCCAGGAAAAUAGAAUCAUUGUUGAUUGUUCCAGUGCGGACCCAGACUUCGACGUUUGCUUUAAAGCCCAUAUAGCUACGAAAAUAGCAGACAACUCUGAGAAGCACUUCUACAGAAGAGGAUGUGGGUAUCAAGAGUUAUGCAGUGGCGAGCAAUGUAAGAACGGAGACAGGUGCUUAGUGAACUGCUGCAAUACCGACAACUGCAAUGGUUCGUUGGUGGUAAAAGCUUCCAUCUACUUGACGUAUUCGUUAGCUGGAAUAUCCAUCUUCUUACAUUUGCGUUAA